UUGGAUGACCCGUUGACCCGGAAGUUUAUUCUAACAGAACUACCUUAUCAUGCAGACGAACGCUUAGGUCAAAGAUCUCGGCAAGUGCAGCAAAAGCGAAGAGACACGUUGAAUUAGAAGUUUGAAUCAUGUCUCUAGAAAACACAUUAAGAAGUCUUAGAGGACUGGUAAUCGAAAAUAGAAGGAAAUGGAUGGGUGAUGUAGGAACUGGAAUUCCAGCGACCAUACUAGUGAUUGUCGUCAACAUUAUCCAUUUUUUCGCCAUCUCACUGAAUUGCUUCAGUCUCCGAGGGUUUCGCUGGAAACAGACAUCAGAAGCAGAACUUGCAGAAGUUGAUAGCAAAAUCCUUUCAAGUAUGCCAUGUGUGAGUGAGAAGAAGAUGGUACAAAUCAGCAACGACCAGCACUUGUGGUCCACUGUAUCUAAUCCUAAAGGUCAAGGAACUCCUUUGUUGAUGGUUCAUGGCAUGGGAGGGGGUGUUGGGUUGUGGAGUAUGAACUUGGAUGCUUUGAGUGAAAAUCGUCCUGUCUAUGCGUUUGACCUCCUUGGUUUUGGCCGCAGUUCACGUCCUCGAUUCAGCACUGAUCCUGUUGAAGCAGAAAAUAUGUUUGUCAACUCUAUUGAAGCCUACCGGGAGAAAAUGGGUCUAGACAAAGUGAUCUUGCUGGGACAUAGUUUGGGAGGAUACCUCUGCUGCUCCUACACAAUUCGUUACCCACAGCAUGUCAAGCAUUUGAUCCUUGCUGACCCCUGGGGGAUGACCGAAAGACCCAACAGUGAUGCAGUGCGCAAUUACUCGAUAUCUGCCCGGAUCUUCUUUCGUAUCCUGUCCCCAUUUAAUCCUAUGGCCACCAUCAGAGGCGUGGGUCCUUGGGGUCCCUCACUGGUUAGAAAAUAUCGUCCUGGUUUGGCCCAGAUUUUCAGCACUAAGUGGGGAGAUGACACUCUGCUUCAUCAAUACGUGUAUCAUUGUAACGCUCAGACUCCAAGUGGCGAAGCUGGCUUCAAGCAUUUGUCAUGGAACUUGGGUUGGGCACUACGGCCAAUGAUUUCUCGAAUCCACCAGAUUUCUAAGGAGAUCCCAAUCACCUUUAUCUAUGGGUCUCGCUCAUGGAUGGAUCGUAAAACAGCAUGGGAUAUAAAAAAUAUACGACAUGGCUGCUACGUAGAUGUUCAGGUGCUACGGGGUGCUGGACAUCAUGUGUAUGCUGAACGUCAUGACCUCUUCAAUCUCCUUGUUAAAAGCAUUGCCUCCAGUGUUGACAAGGGUGAGCUUCCAACAUUUGACACAAAGCUACUGCAGAUCAUACGUGACUUUCCAUCAGACGCUGACCAGCCUGAUGAUCAGUAUUGACAUUGACCAGGUUCCAGGCCAUGGGGAUGAAAAUACAGCCAGUCUACCGGAGCAGAAUUUGGCUGGCAAUGCAGAGAUGAAUUCUUCGAGAACCUCUGGUCAUGGGGAUGUUUGAGUGGAGGAGAAGGGAGAAACCUGCAAAGUUCAGCUGUUGUGAAUUUGACAUCUAGUGGAACUAAGAUAAACAAGAAAGUUAUCUUGAUAAUGACUGGCAAAAACAAGCUGCGGAAAAUAAUUUUGAAAAUCAAAACAGAUGAGUGUUUGAAAGCAAAAACAGGUUUGAUGAACAUUUGUUAUAUGGUACAGAUUUGACUGAAAUAUAAUUUAAGAUCUAAGUAAUAUUAAAAGUAAAUAUGAUCUGCGAAAAAUUUUCCCAGUCUAAUGUAUUUGAUAUGAUUUAUAUAAUUCUCUUUCAUUGGGUGCAAAAGUGUAUGUAGAAUCUAGGAAAAAAAAUGAUCAGUAGAAAGCAUUGGACAUUUUAAUACAUUUUGCUUACUUAUAUAGG